AUCAGACGGAAAUCUUUCUCUUUCUAGGUUGUUGUUUUCCUUCAAAAUAUAUUCGGAAAAACCAUAUGCGGUUGAAAUCUGAGGCGGCCCAAUGGAAAGCUUUACUCGUUAGUACUCAUUUAUUUCAUCUUUAUUCUAACCCAAUGAUAUACAUAUAGAAUGAUGAUAUAUGUUAUUUUAAAGAAUAAAAAAGUCUUGAGAAUCAUACAAUUGUGUUAAGAAUACAGAAGUUUCACACACAAUCCAGAGAUUAUUCACGCAUUCGCCUAUCCUAAUUAUUUUUACAAAUUAACAAAAAUCUUUCCUUGUCACACAAAUUUAUUUUUUGUUCUUUAGAUAAAGUUAUUGCAAAAUAAAGCUACGCUCUUUUCUAUAAAUGGCAAUACCGCAAUAGACAUUUGUUCACAGGGUAUAAAAAAAGUUCAACCUAAUUUUGUGAAUUUGAUGCAUCAAUUCAACGAUGUAUUUACCAAGUAAGGUACUUUGGUGUUUUGUGCUUCUGUUUGUUGCUUUGUCCUCAGAGUUUCAGGAAAAUUCUACCAAUGGCGAUAAGCAAAGCGAUAGUUCGACGGUACGGUACGAUCUUUUCAUAAGCUCUAUGAAAUAUCGAGACAAUGAGAUUAAGUCUACACGGUGUGUUUCACCUGAAAAUUUUAUCAAAAAUGACGACGAAAUGGAAUAUGAGUUCUACAUUAAUUCUACAAAGAACGAGAGAAAGGAAAAUAUUUCGAAACAAUAUGAGUCACGCAAAUAUAUCAUAAAAAAUUGCGAAGAAAGUAAUCAGAUUUCUAUGAAGUCUGCCGCAAAUUCUACGGACAUCAAUGAUUCCAUAAAAGAAAUUGAGAAUUCCUCCAGCAUCGAAAGAAAGAGCAAUUUUGAAUCAAAUGAAUACGAAUCGGAUGAAGACGAAUUGGAUGAAGAUAAAUCGGAUGAAGACGAAUCGGAUGAAGACGAAUCAGAUGAAGACGAAUCGGAUGAAGACGAAUCGGAUGAAGACAAACCGGAUGAAUACAAAUCGGAUGAAUACGAAUCGGAUGAAUACGAAUCGGAUGAAGACGAAUCGGAUGAAGACGAAUCGGAUGAAUAUGAAUCGGAUGAAUAUGAAUUGGAUGAAAACGAUUAUAACGACACUGAACUCCCUUAUCCUAUUAUAAUUAGUUCGUUUGAAGAGUGUCUCGACGGUACUUGCGUUCAGCUCUGUUGUCCUUUAUAUAACUUCAUGACAGAUACAGGCAAAUGUGUUGCUAAUGAAAAUGGUACUUACUUUCUUCCAAAGAUGUACAUAUACAAGGACGGUCCCGAUCACCCAGCAUUUUUCGUGACUGUCCACGAUCCAUGCCUUUCACAAGAUUUAGGAAAAAGUUUACUUUCUUAUAAUGAAUACUAUUUUCUCACUAAUGGCUCUUUGUAUCAAGGCCCUGGCAAAUUUAUUUUACAGAGAUCUUACUGCUUAGCCAGUUUUAAUCUAGAGAUUUAUGAAGUUAUGGUCUGCAAUAAUCAGAAAAUGUAUCCGAUAUAUGUAUUCGCGUGUCUCCUAAUAUCUUUGCCGUUCCUGCUGGUGACAUUCGUGGUAUAUUCCAUUUUACCAGAGCUCCAAAACAUGCAUGGCUAUACAUUGCGUGCACACAUAGCCUCAUUAUUCAUCGCAUAUGUAAUUAUGUAUUAUGAUCAACAAGAUUCCGAAUUACAACGAGUUGAUGACAAAAUAUGUUGCAUUGCAUUAGCCUAUAUUUUGAAUUUCUUCCUUUUAUCGACUUUUUUCUGGCUAAAUGUAAUAUGCUUCGAUAUUUGGUGGAAAUUUAGAUAUAACGCCUGUGGCCGGACUCUACUGCUAUAG